GUCGUCCGCGCGCGCCGCUACGACCGCCUACGACCGCUACGCCGCGUAGCCACUUCCGACUACGCCGCUACGAAGCCUACAAAACUACAAUGAACUUCAUUGUGACUGUGUACAUAUAGGAUUACAUUUUGUGUGUGUACUUUUGUGUAAUAUAGAAGAAACGUGGACCUGGUGAUUGAUAUAGCAGCAAGCGUAUACAAGGCACUGCUUCUGAUUUCCGUGGGGAUACUAGUAAAAGACAAUAAAUCAAGAACGAACGAAUUUCAAACUGUCAUCGAGCUGUCAGAGCAACAACUAGCGAACAAAGCGUGGAGCGAAGUGGAAUAGUUCAGUGUUGGCUGUGAGCGUGGCGAGGCAGGGAACAUGAGGCGGCGGGGCGGGGGGGGAUAGCAUGACAGCGCGUGCCACGGCGGCCUGAUGGCGCUAGUGCGCCGGAUACUAGGCGACGCCCAGGCGAAACUCCGCAAGAUGGUGGACGAGCAGGUGUCCGUCGGCGCCCGCGUGGAGGCGGACGCGGAGCCCGAGCCCGCCGACCCCCUCAUCACGCCUGCCAGCUCCGUGUUCAGCGCCGACGUGCCCCCGGCUCCCCCCGAGCGAAGACUGCUCAUGGGCACCUUAGACAAACCACGGAAUGGCUCACUAAAUGGUGAUAAGGAGGCCACACUCAACAGAGGAGCUAGGCUUUCCAUUAGAAAUGGAAAAGAUAAUCCUUUUAUAGAUGAUGACAAUAAAGAGAAUCAAGCGAAUGGUAAACUUGAAUCGCCAAUCAAAUGGUCGACGCAGAACGGGAGUGACAGCGGGACAUACGCCGAAAUUGGUAUUGAAGGAAACAGCAAUGCGAGCGAACGGAAUGUUCUGGAUCCGGCGGACAGUUCUGAAGAAGAGGUCCCUUUACCCGACGCGACCUCGCCGGGGAGGAGUAGUGAUGGGCCAGAACCUAGAGCUGAUAUUACUGCUACUCUUGAAGGAGAGGCGGCUUCCCCCGGCGGGCGAUCGGACCGUUCGCGGCAGGAAGAGGUCCCGGCCUCCCCGGGGAUGCUCACGGCCGCGCAGCUGGCCAGGAGGCUGAGGCUCGAGAAUGAACGCUUGCAGGCUGAACUAACGCGGGUCCGUCGGUUGCUGGUAACGGCAGCAGAGAGAGGCGAGGCCGGGACAGCGUUAUUAGAGAGGACGAAGGCAGAGGGCGAGGCAGAUGCUGCACCACUCGACCCUCAGGUUCUUGAGAAGGAGUUACUGCUUGCUAGAGAGGCUGUCACGUCACUGAAAGCGGACAAAAAAAGGUUGAAAGCGGAAAAGUUUGACUUGCUCAACCAAAUGAAGCAACUGUACGCUACCCUGGAGGACAAAGAGAAAGAACUGCGGGACUUCAUCAGAAAUUAUGAGCAGAUGCGUUCCCGCGGUGGCGCGUCAUCUGCGCUCGGAGCGGAGCGAGCAGAACGCGAACGCGAACGAGCGGCGCUCCUUCGACACGCUCGCGACGAGGCCGAACGUUCGCUGCAGCUCGCGGCCGCGCUCAGUGCGAGAGAUACGCAGCUCAGGCAUGCCAGGGAGCAACUGUUUGAGGCAAGAAGACAGCUGCAAGCAGCCGGGUGUCUGUCUGAAGGUGAGAGCGUGGCGUCCCUCGGAUUAGGGCCCCCUAUGAUGCUGGGAGGACCUUCGGGGCUGGUCGGAGACAGGGGCAGCUGCAGCGCAGAUUCUGGCGUCAGAGUGACAGGGAGCAGCGACGGUGGCGCCACGUCGGUGUGCGGCGGCAACCUCUCGGACUCCACGGCUGAGGGCGCGCCGCCACUGCUGGACCCGUACGACACGGACGCCGCGUCACUAGUGUCAUCGGCUCACCACAUUUACCAAUUGAGCACGCCUCGGGACUGCAGUCCGACCUUGUCACCACACAACAGCGCUUCUCCCUUUACAAGAUCCAUCGAUGCGGGCUCUCUCUCGAGAUCGGUGGAGCAGCUCUCAAGCCCGGGCGAGGAUUCAGGGCUAGUGGGUGGUCUACGUGCGCGAUCAGGGGGCAAAGGUGCGCGCGGACGAGGUUCCGCCUGGGGCUCAAUCUCGCGCGUGUUUGCGCGAUCCCGCCACCGCACCAAGUCAGGCAGCGCAGCCAACAGCGGUCACGAGAGCGAACCAGUAUACGCGGGCACGGGUUCCCGAGCGUGGUCGCCGCUCGGCAGCGAGGCGGCACUCCGCGAGGCAGCCUCGUUGCCUCUGUCGCGGUGGAGGGCUCCUGCCAUCAUAGCGUGGCUAGAGCUGGCGCUGGGCAUGCCGCAGUACGCUGCGGCCGUCGCGGACAACGUUAAAAGUGGGAAGAUCCGUGCUUUGAAUGGGCAGGUUCUGCUCGAGUUGACGGACACGGACCUCGAGGCGGGGCUGGGCGUGACGCAGCCGAUGCACCGCAAGAAGCUGAGGCUGGCCAUCGAGGAGCGCCGGCGGCCGGACCUGGUGCGUCAUCCCACCAUCGGGCAACUAACGCACGCGUGGGUCGCGGCAGAGUGGCUGCCGGAUCUCGGACUAGCACAGUAUGCCGAGUCUUUCUUGGCGAACCUGGUCGACGCUCGUAUGCUGGAUACCAUCAGCAAGAAGGAACUGGAGAAGUAUCUCGGGGUCACGAGGAAGUUCCACCAGGCAUCCAUUGUGCACGGGAUACAUCUGCUGAGGAUAAUGAAGUACGACAGACAAGCGCUGGCUGUGAGGCGGCAUCAGUGUGAAAAUGUAGAUGCAGAUCCUUUAGUUUGGACCAAUCAGAGAUUUAUGCGGUGGGCUCAUAAUAUCGACCUAGGUGAAUUUGCUGAAAACCUGAAAGACAGCGGAGUUCACGGAGGAUUAGUUGUGCUAGAACCAUCGUUCACGGGCGAGACUAUGGCCACAGCACUCGGCAUUCCGCCCUCCAAGAGCAUUAUUAGAAGACACCUCGUCACCGAAUUUGACGCUCUUAUCAUUCCAGCGAGGAAUAUGUUCGGGCAUCAGAUAAGGAUGUUGGGACGACCAUUCUCGAGGUCGGUUGCAACGGGAUUACCGGGAAUUGAUUUAAGCGGUGACUCCCGAAGGCAUAGUCUCAGGGGCUCGAUAACCCGCGCACUAGGCGUCCUGAAACCAAAGCACGACCGAACUUCGCCUUCGAGUUCUAGCGAGAGCUCAAGCGUGCUAAGCCUGACUACGCAGCCGUACCAGCUGUCAUACUCGCCGCCUAUAGCCGUGCGGACGUUGUCGCAGCUGAGCAUGGCGUAUGCGCCGCCGCCGACGCUACAGGAGUACGAGCCGAUCUACACGCCGCUGAGCCUCUACUCGCAGUCCAGCGUCUCAACGAGGGACAGUCGGACCAGACUGAAUGAUGUGAAGGAGAAUGCGGGAAUUACUCAUAGAUACGGACAAAAGGCGGACCACGCGCACAGAGUCAGCUCUCCGCUGCCGGCCAAGUCUGUGGACGACUCCGUUGUGAAGCAGAAACGGCACCGCCGCGUGAAAAGCAUCGGCGACAUCAAUGCCUGCAGCAAGACCUCCGUGUAGGACAAUACCGGCAAACCUCCUAGUCUAAUAGUCAACCAACAGUAUCCUACAAUAAGGAUCAGCGACGUUAAUUCUUGCAAUACGAGCAGUGCAAUACCGACAAUUAGAAAAUUAAUGAACCCCCAGUCUCCUGGAGGAUACAAUGAACAAUUCUAUUUAGGGACCCUGUCUUUGAUCUAAAUUAGGUAUUUUUAAAAGGGCACUUAUAACUAUGAAUUUGUCCUUUAAAAAAAAGCUGUUGGGCCUAGGCCGAAGAUGAAAAAAAUAAAGCAAGAAUGCUCAAUAUCCUCUAGUCUGCGAUGUACAAAGUUGCAUAUCAAAAAUAUCCAAAUAAAAAAUAGCAAAAAAUAGACUGAAUGAGCAAGUCUCAACAUUUUAUUUACGGUC